AUGAUAGUCUGGAUUCAAUUACCGGGACUCCCAAUUCAUUUCUACCACAAGGAAGUCCUGAUCUCUAUCGGUAAUUUGAUCGGGCGCACAAUCAAAUUGGAUUAUCACACCCUGAAUCAGCAAAGGGCCAAAUUCGCGCGUCUCGCCGUGGAGAUUGAUCUUGAGAAAGCUCUGGUGCCGAGAGUCUACCUUGAUGAUGAAUGGCAAAAAAUAGAGUACGAGAACCUCCCAGAGGUGUGCUUCGAUUGCGGUAAGAUAGGCCAUACUUCAAGCUGCUGCCCCAACCUCCGUUCGACCUCUCUGGUCGAGGCUCAAGCAGUGACCGGAAACAGAGGAUAG